UUAAUAUUCUUUAGAAUAUCAAGAUAGUUGCCAAAUUUGUCGAAAAUCAAAUAUCUACUUUUAUAUGUAUCAAAAAAUAUUUAUGUAAUACAUAUGAUCCAAGAAUAAAAAAAAAACAAUAAAUAGACGAAGGUUCAGAUUACUUAGACGGUCAAGAAUAUCAGAUUAAGAAACGAUGUAUACUAUAUCGAUAUUAUGUAUGUUUAUUUUAUUGAUAUAUUAUUUGUAUAAUAAGUAUUACAUAAAUUAUAAAAGAAACUGGCAACUCAUUAAACUCAUACCGGGACCACCGGGUUUACCAAUUGUUGGCAACGUGUUUCAAUGGCUUACUUCAGAAAAAGAAAAAUGGAAGCUCCUCUGUACAUUAUCUAAUGAAUAUUAUCCUAUCUAUAAAUUUUUGCUGUUUUCCACUUUUGUGGUGUCUAUUCGUCAUCCAGAUGAUUUAGAGACGAUAUUAAGUAGCACAAAACAUAUCGAAAAAGGUUUUUUCUAUGACCCAUUGCAUCCUUGGCUCGGCACAGGACUUCUCACCAGCAAAGGAUUUAAAUGGCAAACGCGGCGAAAAAUAUUAACACCUACAUUUCAUUUUAAUAUAUUGAACCAAUUUGCUGAUAUCUUAAUCAAAGAGGGAGAUUGCAUGACUAAAUUUUUGAUGGAUGUUGGAGGGACAGUAGUAAAGGAUUUAUUGCCAUUUAUUAGUGAACAUACGCUAAACGCGAUAUGCGAAACCGCCAUGGGUGUCUCUUUACGAACUCUCGGCGAAUUCCAGCAACAAUAUCGAAAUGCAAUUCACGACAUGAUCGAAUUGGUAUUUUAUAGCUUUAUUGAAUUACUGUUAAGAUCAUUCAAGCCUUGGUUUCGCAACGAUAUGAUCUUCUCUUUGUCAUCACAAGGAAGAAAGCAAAAGAAAAUUUUAAAAAUAUUGCAUGGAUUUACGGAAAAAAUUAUUGCGGAAAGAAAACUUUAUCACGAACGUACCAAUGAUCAAUACUUAGAAAACCUUGAAAGUCUUAAAGAAGCGGCGACAAAUGAUGUUGAGGUGUUUGGAAUUAAAAAAAAGCGGUUAGCUAUGUUGGACCUUUUAUUAGCGGCAUCUCAAGAAUAUUCUUUAACUGAUUUGGACAUUAGAGAGGAAGUUGAUACCUUUAUGUUGGCAGGUCAUGAUUCCAUAGCGAUAGGUAUAAUGUUUACUUUAUUACUAUUAGCUGAACAUAAGGAUAUUCAGGAGCGUGUGAGGCUUGAAGUCGAUGAUGUGAUGCUAGAGAAUGGAGGGAAACUCAACAUGAGAUCACUGCAAAAUUUAUCAUAUUUAGAUAGAUGUUUAAAGGAAGUGUUACGUUUGUAUCCCAGCGUGGGUAUAAUAUCACGAUGCACUGGAGAUGAUGUAAAAUUACAAUCAUAUGUCGUACCCGCUGAAACGAUCUUAUUGCUUAAUAUCAACGCAGUUCACAGAGAUCCCAAUUUUUGGCCAAAUCCAGAAGUAUUUGAUCCGGAUAGAUUUUUGCCUGAGAAAAUAAAGAAUCGUCAUCCUUAUUCUUAUCUACCUUUCAGUGCAGGGUCAAGGAAUUGCAUAGGUCAACGAUAUGGUCUCUUGGAGAUGAAAUCUAUCAUAGCUCCUUUGGUGCAUAAUUUUUAUUUGGAACCCGUUGAUUAUUUGAAAGAUAUUCAAUUAAAAUUGGAUUUAGUUAUUCGUCCUUCUCAUCCAGUUCAUGUGAAAUUCAUCCCAAUCACAUGCAAACAAAAAUUGUUUAAAACUAACGCGGAUGCUACGUAAGUGUAAUAAAUUGAGUAUACAGCAUUGCAUCACAAAAAUUGAA